AUGACCUGGAACCUGGGUCUUCCUGCUAACCAGAUCCUUGGACGGCCCAAACCUGAACAGAAACUUCUACAUAAAUUGACUUUAGCCGCCAGACGAGCUGUGGCACAGUUCUGGCUAAAAGAUGACCUACCUUUGAUCGAGACAGUAAUGGACAAAUUGACUGCACAAGUCAGAGGCACGACUACCGCCUUACAUAAGAUAUGUGACCCGUAG